ACCUCCCGUACGAGGAGUCCUCCGGGAGCCGUUCACUAAAGGGGUGGUGGCGCUACCUCGUCGCCCGCGGCGCCGCGCCGUUCGCCAAGCGCGCCGUCAUCUACGAGCGAGCGCUCAAGGCGCUCCCGGGGAGCUACAAGCUCUGGCACGCCUCGACCACGCGCGCCCUCACUCCACUGACCACCCGGCCUACUCGUCGCCCAACAACACUUUCGAGCGGGCGCUCGCCAACAUGCACAAGAUGCCGCGCGUCUGGAUCCUCUAGUUCACCUCGCUCCUCGACCAGCGCCUGCUCACGCGCGCGCGUCUCGCGCCUUCGACUGCGCCCUUCCCGUGCUACCGGUGACACAACACCGGCACCGACGGCGGCAGACCCUCAAGGAGGGAACCUGGCGGACACCACGCGCACGCGACUAGUCACGCGGCACCUCCUUCGUUACACGUGCUGUGCGAGGAGCACCAUCGUCUUGUCGCUGCUGCGCGCCUGGGCAACUACCUGCGUGACACGCGUCGCCUCUGCCGUUCGACUUCCUCCUCGCGAGCGUCGUUUUCCUUGCGACGUAUUGCCGACGCCGAGCGCCGGGUUAGGAUUCGGGUGGGGAUCUCUGUCCGGCGGGCUCUAGAUGGAUGGCCCGGGACGACGGCCGACCUGGCGGUGAUGGCCGGCGGCGGGGGUGUCCUCAGCUGGCUGCCACCGCCCCCGGCGUCCCCCCUCGUCUCUCGGUCAAUCGGGGUGGAGAUCCAGCCGGACAUUGAUUGGUUUCUUCUUCUGGGAGUCCGAUUUGAUUUGCUCUUCCUUUGGUUCCACUGUGAACAGUCAAAUCCGAAUCUCUCAUCUUCUCAAAGAGCUACUUCAUCGCUGCGGAGGAGGAGCUCGCACCUUUAUAAAUCAAAUCGAACAUUGGAUCUUCGGAGGUGCUAAAACCCCCCAAUCGGAUUGGAUUAUUCAUGGAGUUGAAUAAUAAUGGAAUAAGCUCCAAUGUGGAGGAUGAAGAUAGACUCAGCGUAUUGAUUGAUGAUCUUUUACUGUCUAUCUUGGGAAGAGUUGAUAUAACUACGACUGUAAGGACAAGUGUAUUGUCAAUGCGGUGGAAACAUCUGCCGUGGUUGCUCCGUGAGCUCACAGUUGAUGCCAAGGAUUUCCUACCUAUCCCGCAACCAAACCCCAUUGAGAAUGAACACAUGGAUGAAGCAAUGUCAUCGCUUGAUAAAGCGAUCAGGAGCUUCUUGGCUACCCCUCGGAUUGAGGGUGCCAUUACAAGGUUGCAACUUAAGAUCUACUUGAUCAGUAACUACGCAUUUAACAUUGGCCCUCUAGUUAGUGAAGCAAUUGACACUGGGAUCUUGAAAGAUUUGAACCUUGCUUUUUUGGACGAAAUGGAAAUUCUAGACUGCACGGAAGAGCGUAUGCUACAACAAGCUGGUGUUGCGAGAGACUUUUUUAGUGAUUAUCCUAGUGUAUUUCAUUGCCUCACAAGGCUAUCUCUAUACAACUUGUGCUUUGCUGAAUGGGACAUCAAUCAUCACCUAUUUGACUGCUGCCAGCAACUACAGCAUCUGUAUCUCUCAAAUUGUGAUGCAGGGAGGUUCAGGGUGUGGAAGAUAGAUGCUCCGGAUUCAAAACUCAGUGUUCUUCAACUCAACAUGUGCGUGUUGGGAAGACUUGAGAUAGUUUGCCUGCCAAAACUGGAGCGUCUCGAGUGGGAUACUUGGCUUUGUCCCCGUGCCCCCCUGUCAUUUGGUGUUGUUCCGUCCCUGAAGGAAUUAUACCUCAUAUGCGGUGCAGUAAGACAUAUGCAAGGAUUUGUGUUAAGUGAAGUUCUACGUGAUACAACUAUACAUACUAUGAAAUUAGAUUUCCAAGGAGAAAAGCUUUGGAUGCAACCGGAAGGAAAACAACCUUGCACUGGAUUCAACAAGUUAAGGAAGCUAUCUGUACAUGGAAUUUUCGUAGAUUUCAAUCUACUAUGGAUGAGAGUCCUCCUUGAAGCUGCGCCAUUCCUUGAGAUGUUUGAUAUUGAGAUAUGGGAACAUCCAUGCUUGAUUAACGAUUCAAGGCAAAGUUUUGGGGAGAGGACGAAUCCCUUAUGGAAGGUGCCUGAAAUCACAAGCCGCAAAAACUCUUUUAUGAAAGUGCUCCAGAUUAUUGGCUUCAAGCCGCUGAAACAACAGAUCGAAUUCAUAAGAGCUGUUAUGCAGCAAGCUCCCAAUUUGGCCACGAUUGUUCUUAAAUACGACGACCCUUGCGAGGACUGCGAAAAAAUGGGUAUUUUUCCACCACGCUCUUCUAGUGAGUGCGUGUUUCCAAAGAAUAAGGAUGAGAGAGAUAUGGUGGACAAGCUGCUCAUGGUUGGAGUCUCCUCUUGCGCCCAGAUUAUCUUCGAUAAUUAGAAAGUGCAAUGCCUGAAUCUGGAGCGAGUUUAAGAUCUUUCCGUGCCUACCGAAAAAUAAUUCCUAUUUAGAAUACCUGACUGAAAUAAUGUUGGGCUCUUGCAACAAGAAGUGGUAUAUCAUCUUUUUGGAGGUUGUUGGUCGUUCUAAGAAAUGCACUUUUAUCCUCAUUAUGUAAUAAAAGGUUGGCGAAAUGUUUGUUUA